UUUUUGAUUCGAUCGCAGUAUUUAAUCUAACAACCAGCAAUUAUAAUCAAUAUUUUUAUACAGGAAAGUGAAUUGCAUAGGAGUUUAACUAUUACGCUUCGUAAGUCUGAGUUGGCUACAAUCUUUGUUAUGGUUAGUCCAUUUGCCAUGGAAACAUGCAAAGCUACAUUUUGGAAUAGAUUCAUCAUUAAAUUAAAAUUAAAUUAAAGGUAACCCAAAUGUCAUUUAGAGAGCUUCGAAACUUUUCAGAAAUCUUACGAUUCCUUGGUUAUCCUCGUUUAGUUUCAAUUGAUAAUUUUAGGAAACCAAAUUUUCCUUUGGUUGCCGAGAUAUUAAGAUGGUUAAUUACGAGGUUUGAUUCAUCAUUGGAAGUUCCUUAUGUGAUUGAAACCGAACAAGAUCGAGUCAUUUUUGUUAAAACAUGUGCCCAGUUAAUAGCAACCAAGGCUUUGAUAAAGUUAAACACCAAAAAAAUUUACACAGCUGAUGGUCAUGCCGUUCAAGAAAUGAUGAAGAUGGCCAGUCUUAUUUAUCAAGCCUCUAAGCAAAGUGAAAACGUGGAUGAUCAUAACCAAGAAGAUGUGAUUACAAUGUCAGAAUCAUUGAUUCAUAGUAAAUCGACUGAACUAAAGAAGACUCGUCAAUUGGCAUCAAAAAUCACUCAAAAAGGCGCAUUAUUGUCUGAUUUAUUGGAAAAAGAGAUUGAAUUGAGGGAGAAACGGGUUCAAGCAAUGAAUCGACAGCUUGCGAUUCCAGAAAUCGAGAAGAGUUUACGAGAUGAAAUUAAAAGGGUUGAAAAAGAGAUUGAAAACAUAAAUUAUAAGAUUGAACAUGUUGCUUCAGACGAGGCCAAUUUGGACGUUAAAAUUGAAAAGAAACAACAAGAACUUGAAAGAUACCAGAAAAGAUUGGCAACACUUAAAUCAGUCAGGCCAGCUUUUAUGGAUGAAUAUGAAAAACUGGAAGAAGAAAUGGCGACUUUGUAUGAUGUUUAUGUGACCAAAUUUCGAAGUCUUGUCUAUCUUGACUGGCAAUUGGAAGACUCUGAAAAAACUGAAAUCGACAAGAUGAAGACUCGAAAAGAGCAGAUAAACAGAAUGAUUGAGCAGAUGAGGAAAGAGGAAUCACUACGAGCUGAAAAUGAGAGCGAUGCUGAUCUGGAUAUUGGCAUUAAUCUUGGUGAACUGGAAGAUGAUGAGGACGAAGAAGAAGAUGAUGAUGAUGAAGAUGAUGUUGAUAAUUUUGGAGAAAGUGGUAAAAUGAGCAAUAAUAUGGUUAAAAACGAUCGUUCCCAUAGAGCAAUGAUUAACUCUACAACAGCAAAGAGAAGUGAAACUGGUAGAGUAAGAGUAUUUGGCUCAAUGAUUGCUGGGGAUAGAGAUGAUUCUUUAGAUUCCGAUUUAGAUUUAGAUGGUGAUGAUGAUCCAUCUGAAUUGGAUUCUGAAGAUGAACGAGAAUUGCGAAACAUCAAAGACAUUAAUAACCGAAAAGGAGACGAAACUGAUGAUGAUAAUGAUUUUUAAUGUAAAUGUCAAAAAUCCAAAUCAUUUUUAUCUUUAACUCUUCAACUCAUACAAUUAAAUAGAAAAUGUUUUUCGGUUUA